ACCACAUGAUAUGUUGGAACAAAUCGAUCAAUUCAAAUUCAAAUUCUUGUUUGAUAAUUCCUUUACUUGAAAUAUUAAAAUCGUCUACCUACUACAUAUUUUCUGUGAUAGACCUAAAAGUGGUCACAAUCUAUUAACGUAUUGAUUAGACUACAACUAUUUUAUAAGGAUUCUAUUUUUUCAUGGUAGUAAAUAUUAAUCUUUAUUUCUAUAAAAAAUUUCAGAGCUCCAGAACAACAAGAGCCCGAAAGAACUCGAAGACGUAACAGGCCCCCACAAUGGCUCAGGAGAGCCAGGAACAUCGCUCUCAUGGGGGCGCCACAGCCCGCUCAACUUCACAGGCCGAUGGCUCCGCAGCCUCCACAAAUUAUGGCGGAGGUACGUCAUCCCACCUGGCGACGCCAUGAACGGGGGAGUAACAUACUGCUGAGGGUGCUAGACCCAAAUGGUCACCAACAACGUAUGUACCGCCAAGGUACUAAUGGAGUAAUGGAGGAUGUAAUCAUUGAAUUGGAUAUUCCAAUUCCACCCCGCCGGCGCCGCAGGCUGGAGAAAGAGCCACAACACGACGGGCCCGCCAGACCUCUAGAGCCACAACAUGACGAGACCACCAGACCUCUAGAGCCACAACAUGACGAGACCACCAGACCUCUGUAAGUUCCAAGAAUUAUUGUACAGCCAUUUUUCAUAUAUUGAAAUCGCCUCAUUGAUAACUAUUAAAAAUUGCAUAGUUGCCUGUAAAGUUGGUAUACGGGCGAAAGUUUUACGUGACAACGACUUUGAGUGGUAAAAUAAUUUUAAUGUGAAUAUUCAUUCCUAUAGUAGGAAGAAGGAUG